AAGAUCACUGAUGAAUGACUUUUAAACUUAAACAUGCAGGUGCUUCUUUGACCCGAAAAAAAUAAACCUCUUGUUUUUGUUAUGGUUCAUAGAAUCGAAGAAUAUUUUCCCUCUUGGAUAGGCAUCGAUUAUUUGCCACAAAUUGUUGGUCAUAAGUCCCAAAUUUUGGUCUAGAUUUUAACACUUUUUUGGGAAAUUAUGUAGUAUAUGAAAAUGCGCUAUACCACACUGAGAUAUUUUUUCAUUAAGGAGCUCAAUUUUGCUAGAGAUGAACUCUAGUUCUGAGUUCCGAAUUGGUCUCAAAAUGGGACUUUUCAACGUCCAAAAAAAGAUCCAGAGCUUAGUAUUGUUUAUCUUUAAAAUAACGAUUUUUCUUGGAAAAAAAUUGAAGCAAAAUGCGUAGACAAUGUCGACUCAUUUUUAUAUUUGUUUUCGCUGUACUCGUACUCUUACCAGUCGAUGGAAUCAUCUUGGACAACUGUUCGAGGUACAUCACUAUCUCCAAGCUAUUCCUACCGAGUAAAGACAUAGAUAAUUUCAAGAAAGGCUCUACAGAGAUUCAGGCUUCUGACUGGAAAAGCUGUUUCUUGUCAUGUUGUUAUUUGUCCAGUUGCCGUGAGGUAGUUUAUGGUGUACGGACUGGUUGUCUUCACGUCGAGUGUAGUGGGCCGUUUGGGUUUUGUAAAUAUCGACCUAAUGAACUUAUGGACGUCAGUAUUCAUGGGAUAAUUAUCCGAGAACGACGUCUUGAUAUUCCCCUUAGUGAACAACUCGACCAGCUUCAGUUCCGUAAUGGUCCUUCACUUGUCACAUCAGACAUGAGGUUCACGCAUGUGCAGCAGUGUGCUCAGUAUGUUGAGCCGGUGAAUGUUACAGGAGUCGCCGAAUCCUGGGCAACCAAGCGAUUCUCGCCGUUUUCAUACCUGUAUGGGAUACCUCGUGCUGUUCCACCAUUGGGAAUGCGCUCGGCUGUGCCUCUUGGUGGACUGGGAACAGGUUCUUUUGAGCUUCGGGCAGAUGGAUCCUUCACAGAGUGGACCUUAGAGAACCAGUCCCCUGGUGGUUCGGCCAAAUUAAGUCAAGGAGCACUGGAUCUAGCAUUCAUAGGAGUUCGAGUACAAACUGCUAAAGGCGUGAAAGCGUCUCUACUGCGGACGCAUCCAGCUCAUGGUCUUCCUAGUGUGGAUGGACUUUCUUACUCUGGGGCAUUCCCAGUGUCUAAGCUCGUUGUUGAGGAUAAGGGGUUUUUUGGAGUACAAAUGGAUCUGUACGCGUAUGGAAGCCUUCGUGCGAGAAAUGCAACAGCGUCAGCACUUCCUGCAGUCUUCUUCACGUUGCGAGUUCGAAACCCAACCACAAACUCAGCAAAUGUUUCUUUGCUUCUUAAUCUUCCUUUAGGCGAGCAACCAGACACGUCAAGAGAAGGACAUGCUUUCAAGGUAGUGAAAGACGUCAGCACAUCUUCAAUCUGUGCAGAGCUGUGCCAAGAACACUUACGCUGUAAAGCAUGGUCACUAGAAAAUGGAUCUUGUGAACUCAAGGAUAUUAUGCCGCUUCACGCAUAUAAGAGGGCGACAACAUCAGGGGUCAAAGGUUUUUGGGGAUCUAGUCAUGACAGAUUAACGUGUGGGAGACCUGGACGAUACCCUAACAGUGGUAGCACGACAAUUAUGUUGGUUAAAAAAGACAAAAACGACAACAAAUACCGACGAGACAGUGUAUACGAAAACCAUGAGGACAGUAACAACAGCAAUAACAGCAAAGAAGGUCGAUAUGGCAACACAGGGAACGAGGUAACUCAACACAACAGUAGCAACAAAAAACGACAUGACGGUGAUAACAUGGUCAAUACCCAGAGAAAAUACUACAAAAGCGACAAAAGAAGAAAGAAAAACAACAGCAAAAAUGACAAGGACAAAGACAGCAGCAACAACAACAAAAAUGACAAGGACAAAGACAGCAGCAACAACAAUAACAAAAAUGGCAAAAACAACAGCGGCAACACUAACAACAACGUUGAACGGGAAAACACACACGGAGCACAUAAAGAAACUAAUAACAAAGAUGAAUACGAGUCAGAAAAUAUACAAAAGAAAAAACUAAAUACUAAGAAGAGUAAGAAAGGAAAGACUAACAUCGAAGAUAUAACAUUUUCGUCCGCCGUUUCUAAUGAUAUAAACGACAUAUGGAAACAUUUUGAAAAAUAUGGUCAUUUACACAACAUGGUUGUCAAGGAUACAGGUUUCCAUGGUAGCGGAGUAGGUAGAAUGAUUUUGAGGCCUGGUGAAGAAGCUACCAUAACACUAGUGAUGGCAUGGUACUACCCGUUUAGGGACCAUGCGGGGGAGAUUGUUGGUCAGUAUUACGGGAAUAUUUUCAAGUCCAGUGAAGAGGUUGCCUCACAUGCAAGACAGAAUAUAAAAAAUGUUCUAAGCGAGCUGAUUAGUUAUCGUGAAAACAUGAUGCCUCCAAGAGCACCAAACUGGGAUCCACAAGAAAUAUUUCACAUAGAUUCCUCGCUUCCUGAUUGGCUGCAAGACAUGCUUGUCAAUAGUCUUAGUUACUGGCGAACAGGAUUCUGGGUAGCUGAUGGAAGAUGGCGCCAGUGGGAGACAUUUGAUUGUAAUGACGUUGAUUCUGUUCACAAUGAUUUUCAGAGAGAACUGCCUUAUGUUCUUUUCUUUCCGGGUCUGUUAGAAAAUGUGGUUCGCGCCUGGGCAAAGUCUCAGCUACCAAAUGGAAUCAUCCCUGAAGCUCUUCAAGGACAGUUCGGUUGCUGGGCUAAAACGAAUAAGCUGGACGCCGUGGGUGGUAGAUUGAACAUGGCUGAUGUACACCCUGCAUUUAUUGCACAGGUAUAUCACCUCUAUAUCUGGGCUGGUAAAGAACAACUCCUUCGGGAUCUAUGGCCAACAGUACGCAAGGCAACCCAAUGGAUGAUAGACGAAGGAACGGAUGGAACAGGGCUGCCAUUGCGCAUGACCAACACCUAUGAUAUCUUACAGCUACAACAAUACGAUCAUUCCUUCUACAACAGCGUUAUGUUCUUGCUCGGGCUGAGAGCAGCAGAAGAGAUUGCUGAGGUACAAAAAGAUGUCGACAUGUACUUUCUUAUCAGGGAAGCUAUUGCUAAAGCCUUGAAGAAAGUUGAUCAGUUGUUUUGGGAUGAUGAGCGAGGAUAUUAUCAUGCUUGGUGGGACAGCAAGAAAGGCUCACCACCAUGGAUGAUGGCAGAUUCCUUAUAUGGACAAGUGUGGGCGUAUACCUUAGGUCUGGGUAAUCUUCUCGAUCCUGAAAAGAUGAAGUCUCAUAUGAACAAAGAAAAUCUGCUAAACGACACCCCAUAUGGACUACGUGUAAUGACAAAUAACAGAGCGAACAAAGAAGAUGACACAAACAAAACACGGCGCAAAAGGGAUGUCACUGAGGAACAAAAACGAAUCUUAGAAUUCAACCAGUACUAUGAGAAUCUAAACCAAAAUAGCUAUAGGCCAACUAGCGAAGACUUAAGUUAUGGAACUGAAGACUAUCAAAGAACGUUAAAUUCUAUUAACAAUGGGUAUGGAAGGACGAUGCAUAUUUAUCAAAACUCGCAGUCACCAAAUGUGUAUCCAGUUUACCAAUAUCAAGAUGGGUAUGCAGUUGAUCAAAGACGGGGCUUUCGUGCAAUGACCGACUGGGACAAGUAUUAUCAUUAUAUGGAAGAAGAAAAUAGGCCGAGCAUGAAUGAAUAUUUGAGUACUAGUGGUAGUCCAGUUAGAGGAGAAAAAGAAUCUGUUGCGCUUCAGUACGAGAACUUGGAAUCUGUAUCCUCAACGAACUUGGAAAGGAAUUUGUAUGCUUCGUAUGUCUUCAGUAACGACGCUAAAGAUAGUAACAAGGAGCUACCUUCGAGAAAGGUGAAGGUGAAAGAGGACGAAGAGUACGAUAGCUCUUCACCCAGAAAUAUCAUCAAAACUGCAGCAACACAAAAGCACGCGGAGGGAAAACCGUUUCAAAAACCUAACAAUUCAAGCAACUGUUCGUUGCUAAGAAAACAUUCAAUCUAUAAAUCCAUAUGGAUGGGAGCCAGUCCAGAUUGGACAUCUAUGCAAAUUCAUUUAGGAAUAGACCCAUAUAAAGCUUUAGAACAAACUAAAAAAUCCUUAUUACACUACCGUGAUCAUCUUAACGACCUAUGGAAUAUCCAUGGGCUGACUGCGGGCUCAGGGUAUGGUUUGGACGGCCAGCCAUGGUGUACAUCGCACUAUACAUUUCAUAUGGUACUCUGGCACAUCCCUUUUGCUCUUUCAGGACAGCAGUAUUCAAUUAUUGAGAGGAGUCUUGUUUUUAAUCCUAGAGUCAAAGUCCCAUAUGCAUUACCAUUUUUCUUGCCAUAUGCGAGUGGGACAAUCGAGGCUGUCUAUAGCCCUAACCGUAGGGCAGUAUUAUUUAAGGUAUCAGUAACCCAUGGUUACCUUAUCCUCAAGUCGUUAGUAAUUUCAGGUACUGUAUGGCCUGGGAAGGUUCUUAAACUAGAAAAAGGAGAAUUUGUAAUUUGGUCAUAGGAAUGCAUUCCGCUAUCGCAAUUGUAUGGGAGAACAGUUUUCAUACAGGAAUCGGUUAUCCCAUAUUUCAGCUUGCCAGCGGGAAAAAAAGGGGUUUGAAAUUUAUUCAAAAUCUAGAAAGUAAAUAGUUGCGAAUCUAAUUUUUCCCGUCAUGGCUGUUUUAGCAGUUAACAAAACAACUUUACUGAUGAUUUUCUAACUCUUCAGCUUUGUAAACAACCGUUUUUCAGCUACAGUUAAGUGUCGUUCUCAAAAUUAAUUUCUUUAACAAAUAUUUGCAAAAUAAAUGAUUUUUCCAAUUGGAAAAAACUGAAUUGAGUCUACAACCCGCUACGUUUUGAAGUGCACUAGAGGUACAGGGCAAAGGUACAAACCGGAUACGUUUACCACUCCUUGCUGGACGGCUUGAUGCCUAACAAUGUAAACAAUGCUGUAUUCAGUAAGGUUGACUAGUUAUCAUGUCAACGGCUAAGAUACACCUGCUGCCGCAGAUCAAUAGCUUUCUAUGAAGUUCUUGUAAGCUUUAAGACCACUUAUAAUCCUAGCCACAACCAUUGUUGGUUAUAGCGGUUUCAAGAUAGCCGCUUCAUCAAUUUACAUUAAGUUACAUUUUAGAAUAGGAAGACUAGAAAUAGGAUCGACUUCCCAGCAAGAUACGAUGCAAUAAGAAAUGAUGUUCUCGCAACGAUCCGCUCGGAUUAUUCAUGUCUAAUUUAA